AGCUGGAGGCGGUGCGUGUUUCGGUGUCACCCGUCGUCCGUCUCGGCCGAUGCUGUAAAUAUUACAGAAGAAACAGCAUUUUGACACAUGACAUUUUAAACCCCGGUGCUAAACCCUUAACGGCUGGAUGAGUGGGCCAACCUUCACCUCCCCCACUGCAGAGGCGGCUGAGAUGAACCGCAUCCAUUAUGAGUUGGAGUACACGGAAGGCAUCAGCCAACGCAUGCGAAUCCCUGAGACCCUCAAGGUGGCCUCUGACAGCCAGGCAGGGUCCCUGUCCCUUCAGCAGCCACUGCUCACUCACACGACCCUGAUGCAGGUUCCUGAGAGGAUUGUUGUUGCAGGUGAUGAUGUGGACCCUCGAUUUGCUCGUCCAAGAGACUUGGACCUGAUUCAGUCUGUCCCUCCUGCGGACCUCCUGAACAUGAAGGCCCCGCCACGAAUCCUCACCCUUUCAGAGCAGCCACUGGACUCCCUCGAGACCGACCCAACUGCCUCUUCACAGAGCAAUCCCAGCCAGGUGGCCCACUUUCAUGCUCGGUCUCGAAGAGAGCGCAGUGUGAGCGAGAACAUUUCUGGUCGCCACAGCAGUCAGAUCAGCAGAUGUGAUAUAAGUGUAACCCCUUCCCCGUCUGCCCCCCCAGUCCGCUUGUGUCCCCCCCUCUGUUCCCCGGAAGAUGCGAGCAUCAACCUGUUCACAGCCGCAGGGUUCCUGUCUUACAUUCAAUCAACGACACGGCGAGCGUACCAGCAGGUUCUUGAGGUCCUGGAUGACAGUCACCGCAGGACGCACCUGGACUUGGCCCUGGAUAUAAACCCUGAUGAGUCUGGCUUGGUAGACGCCUCCUCACUACGACGACAGAUUGUGAAGCUGAACCGGCGCCUGCAGCUGCUGGAGGAAGAAAACAAAGAGCGCUCAAAGCGAGAGGUGAUCCUGUAUUCUGCUACUGUGGCGUUCUGGCUUAUCAACACCUGGAUCUGGUUCCGUCGCUGAGGUGGGACUGAACUGAGCCUCCCAAAACACUGGAAGCCAAAGCAAUUCCUUGUUAAAGGUGCAGCCAUUAAAACAUGGGUCUCUACUAACAUCUAAAGGAAACCACAGGAAACUGUAACAACAUUGGCAAUGUCCUAAACCACAACCCUCUAUGUUUUUAUAACAAAUUCUAUUUUGAGAUUUGACUUACAAAUUUCAAGUUUAACACUGUCAAGGUAAGACCUGAGCCAGCGCAGAUAAUGUUUAGUAUAUCUACUCAAUGUUACAGAUUUUCACAAUAGCAGACAAUAACUAUCGGCGAGGUCACAGUGAUUUUUGGUGAGGUGUAGGAGUAAAGCUAAAGGUCUCAGACUUCACAUGAAAGUUUCAUCUAUGUAUCUCACCCUUGUAUAAACUGGUAAACGACGAGCAAGACAAAGCACAAUGACACUACAGUUCAAUGUUUCCAAAAUGUUAGCAUCUGCUUUGAUGUAGUAAGUAGAGCUUUGCUAUGUUGUAGCACACAACUAUCAGAUGCCUUAUUAGGCUAAAAUUAGCUACAACAUAGGUUGCUUUCCAGAGAAUAUAAUGUCAACCUUAAAUCAGCCGACAUUUGAGUCUGAAGCUUUCUCCACCUUUCGAAUACUUGAGUUUAGGAGAAACUAAAUGUUAUACAGGUCAUGUGGAGAUGAGUUUAAAGUGGCAACGGGCCAAAACUUGGUAAAAAAAUUGCAAACCCUUAUAGAUAUUUUGUGCAAAGAGCUAGGAAAAUGUUAAAGAUUGCACCUUUAGGCUUGAUAAAUCUUUUACAUACCAACAACAGAUGUUACAGUGAUGCUUACCAUCGUUCGUCUUCGUGAGAGUGAACAAAGUUUGUGAAGGAGAGUUGUUAGCCUCAGGAGAAGAAUGAUUACAGGGGAAACAAGGAUUUACUUAAGCAGCAAAUGUUUUGGGAACCUAGGCCACAGCUGGAACUACAGUUACAGGACCAAAUGUCAGACCUAUUUGAAGUUGAAAUCAUCAGUUUGGUCAAAAAUUGCUAUUCUUUAAGUGUCAAAGUAAGAUGACUAAAUCUAGAGAUGCCAUAACAUUAACCUUGAAUGUCCUUUGAGUUCCUCAUUACCCAAAACAUUUGUGUACGGUACUUGAAUAGCCUAUUGUUGUAAUGGUGUAGUUAGUCCUUAAUAUAUAUAUUUUUUACCUCUUUGGCGGUCUCAUGCACAGUGAUUGUGAUACGAGCUUGGUGAAGGGGCAACAAAACUACUGAAGGUAGGGUGCUGGGGAUAUUAUCUGUGAAUGAAUAAUGUGUUCUCGUGCUGUUUAUACAGUUCGAGCUUGUUUUUCCAGAGAAUUUGACCAUUCGUUUUUCCAUUAAGUUACAUAGGGACUAAGAGCAUGGACUGUGUGGUUUUAUCCAUCAUACAGUGUGAUAUUAGAGCUACUGUGUGUAUGAUGAUUUGUAAUAGAUGAAUAUAUACAUGAUAUAUUGAUGCCAUUAUUUUUGAAUAAUAAAAUGAUUUCAUGGAGGUUUAUCACACAUAGCAAGGGCAUCAGCAAAACGUUGCAGUGAUCAUUUUUCUUCUGUUAUACAGUGUACUUAUCAAUUAAAGCUGGAAUUUUAAGUUAUAUAUUUUACUUUCUUUGUAAUAUAUGAAUACAUUCAUUGUUUGUAAAUAUUUUCGCUGUAAUAAAUGAUGG